UAGAAAUAAACAAAUGACAAACCUUGCUGGGGUUAGUGGAAUCUGUCGUUUUGGGGACCAAAAGUCCAAACUUAUUUGUCAAGCAAUAAAAAAUAUUGUGCUAACUUCUAUAAACGUAUCAAUUAACUUGUAUCCCAAAUCAGAGUGGUUCGGUCUCGAUAGGAAAGCACUGAGUUGUGAUAGCAUCUAAUAUACCAGAGUUAUCAUUUAGUUCAUUUUUCAGUCAUUGGAAACACCCCAUCUCAGCUUGAAACAAUGUUUCAAAGAAUAGUAGUGCUUUUCUUUCUCAUCUUUCUCAACAGCUAUGUCAUUUUGGCAUCAGAUCCUGACCCCGUCCAAGACUUCUGCAUAUCUAACAUGGGGGCUGCAACCAAAACCGACCAUUGCAAGAACUCGUCCACCGCAACGGUUGAAGAUUUCGUCUUCUCCGGCAUCAAGUCUUCUGGAAAAUUUGGCCCAACAGGGCUUUCUGCUAUUUCAGUCAACUCCAACACCUUUCCAGGGCUUAACACACUGGGGAUGUCAUUUGUAAGAGCUGACUUUGAGGUUGGAGGGGUUAAUGUUCCUCAUUUCCAUCCAAGGGCUACUGAGAUAGCAUUUGUGCUUGAAGGGAAGGUCUAUUCUGGAUUUAUUGACACAAACAAUAAGAUUUUUGCUAAAGUGAUUGAGAAAGGAGAGGUCAUGGUGUUUCCUAGGGGCAUGGUGCACUUUCAGAUGAAUGUGGGAGACACUCCUGCCACUAUACUUGGGAGUUUUAACAGUCAAAAUCCUGGGUUGCAGAGGAUUCCAACAGCAAUAUUUGGAUCUGGGAUUAAAGAUCAGCUUUUGGAGAAGGCUUUUGGGUUGAAUUCUAAAGAGCUUUCCAAGUUAAAGAAAAGGUUUGCUCCCAACUGAUUGAGAUGAAAGAUUUCAGUUUUUUUUUUAAAUCAUAUUUUAGCCAACAAAUAGAUUAUGCACAUAUGGUAAACAUGUGUUUUUUUGUCCAAAUUGGAUUUCCAAAGUUAUGAAUCUUAAUAAUGCAGCAUAUGCAUGUAUUCCUUUCCUAGGGAAGUUUUUCAGAAGUGACACUGGUGGAAAUGAAAAAGAAAUUAUUAUUA